CUGGUCGGCGACGGCGAGUUGGCGGUUGGUUACAAUAAGCUGAAAAUAAACACACUGGAUUUCAACAUACUCUUUCUCUCUUUCAAAAUUUCUGACCAUCUCCAUCCAUUCGUCAUGUCAUUCAACGCUUUCAAAGAGGCACUCAGGCCCUGCAAAACCAAUUCUUCAUCUUCAUCCUCCUCUUCUUCACAAAUUCAAAUUCCCCUAGAGUUUGACUCCUCAAUUGUAUCGAGAAAGCCCCCUAAAUCCUCCCUCACUCGUCAGCUUUUGCGCCUUCAGGAAGAUACUGCUUCCCGUCCGCAAAUCCAACUGAAAAGCUUACGGAGAGAGUUCAAUUUGAAUUCUAGCAGUGAAAAUGAUGAUAUUUGUAGAGCUGAGGAGGAGAAAGGGAAGGAAAGUGGACAGGAAGAUCCCAAGUUGGAGUCUUUUCGUCACCUUGACCACGCUGGACAUUAUGAGCCUCUUGUUCUGUCUCUACCGGGCGAAAUUCCUGUGGUACAGGUUCCUGCUUCUGUAAAUAGUAGACUUCUGGAACAUCAGAGAGAAGGAGUGAAGUUUUUGUAUAAUUUGUACAGGAACAGCCAUGGAGGAAUUCUAGGAGAUGACAUGGGAUUGGGAAAGACCAUUCAGACAAUUGCUUUCUUGGCUGCUGUUUUUGGAAAGGGUUCAGAGCCUGACUUAACACCUCAGAAGGGAAAACUGAAGAAGGGUCCUGUACUGAUCAUUUGCCCAAGUUCUGUUAUUCUUAACUGGGAAAGUGAAUUUUCUAAAUGGUCCACAUUUAGUGUUUCUGUUUACCAUGGGCCAAAUCGUGAUUUAAUAAUGGACAAACUAGAAGCAAAUGAUGUUGAGAUUCUUAUAACCAGCUUUGACACAUAUAGGAUACAAGGAAGCAUUUUGUCAGAUAUCCAGUGGGAGAUUGUGGUUAUUGAUGAGGCACAUAGACUUAAGAAUGAAAAAUCGAAACUGUAUAUAGAAUGUUUGAAGAUUAGAACCCUGAAGCGAUAUGGUCUUACAGGAACUAUAAUGCAGAACAAAAUAAUGGAAUUAUUCAAUCUAUUUGACUUGGUGGUACCUGGUAAGUUGGGGACACGGGAACAUUUUCGAGAAUUUUAUGAUGAACCUCUCAAGCAUGGGCAGAGGUCAAGUGCUCCACAACGAUUUAUCCAAGUUGCUAAUGAGAGAAAAGAACACUUGUUGUUAGUACUACGAAAAUAUAUGCUUAGAAGGACAAAAGAAGAAACGAUAGGGCAUCUUAUGAUGGGGAAGGAAGAUAAUGUUGUAUUUUGUGCCAUGAGUGAGUUGCAAAAACGGGUUUAUCUCAGGGUAUUGCAGCUACCUGACAUCCAAUGUCUUGUUAAUAAGGACCUUCCAUGCAGUUGUGGGAGCCCUCUUAAACAAGUUGAAUGUUGCAAAAGGACAGUUCCAAAUGGUCUUGUCUGGCCUUAUCUUCAUAGGGAGAAUCCGGAGGGUUGUGAUUCUUGCCCUUUUUGCCUUGUCCUUCCAUGCCUGGUCAAGCUUCAGCAGAUAAGCAAUCACCUGGAGCUUAUCAAGCCUAAUCCAAAAGAUGACCGAGAGAAGCAAAGCAAGGAUGCAGAAUUUGCUGCUGCUGUAUUUGAUAUUGAUAGUGAGUUAGUGGGAGGUACCAGCCAAAAUGAUAGUUUCGUGGGUGUGAGUGAUGUUAGACAUUGUGGAAAAAUGAGAGCUUUGGAGAGAUUGAUGCAUUCCUGGAUUUCCAUUGGUGACAAGAUUCUUCUCUUCAGUUAUUCAGUGAGGAUGCUGGAUAUACUUGAAAAGUUCAUAAUACGCAAAGGCUAUAGCUUUUCAAGACUAGAUGGUUCUACUCCAGCUAGUCAGCGCCAGUCUCUUGUAGAUGACUUUAACUCAAGUCCAAGUAAACAGGUAUUCCUGAUUUCGACUAGAGCUGGUGGACUUGGUCUAAAUCUUGUUAGUGCAAAUCGGGUAGUAAUAUUCGAUCCAAACUGGAACCCUGCUCAGGAUUUACAGGCGCAAGAUCGGUCAUUUCGUUUUGGUCAGAAACGGCAUGUAACUGUUUUCCGUCUUCUUGCAGCAGGUUCUCUUGAGGAACUUGUCUACAUGAGGCAGGUAUAUAAGCAACAGUUAUCAAAUAUUGCUGUUGCUGGGAAAGUGGAAAAGCGAUACUUUGAAGGCGUACAGGAUUGCAAGAAGUUUCAGGGCGAGCUGUUUGGUAUCUGCAAUUUGUUCCGUGAUCUUUCUGAUAAGCUUUUCACAAGUGAGAUCCUGGAAUUCCAUGAGAAAGAAGAAAAAGAAUACAAUCACAUUCGUAAUGCUGAGCUUGACUUGACUGAACUUGGCAUCGAUUUUGAUCCUCAGAAAAAAACAGCUGCUAGGAAAUCAGUGAUAUAUGCAAGUAAUGAUCCUAAGGAUAAGAGGAAGACAAGACUCAAUCCAGUGCUUGAAGAUCUUGGUGUUGUAUAUUCUCAUCGCAAUGAAGACAUUGUUAACUUUGGAUCUGGGAUCCAGGUGGAGGGAAAACCGAGCAUGGGCUUAAAGGAAGAUGUGAAUCAGCCAUGCUCCCCUGCUGAGGAAAGAAAAGAAUCAGAUGCAGAUGAAGUUGGAGUAAAGGAGACUUCUGAAGUUUCUGAUUCAUCCAAGAGAAGGAAAAGUGACCAUUGCAGCCUUCUUGCUCUGCUCAUGGGCAUGGAGGAGGUUGAAUUAAACAAGUUAUUACUUUCAGAUCCUCCAGAGUGUCAAGAACCGCUUCAGGAAAAUGAGGAUCAGAUUCCUAAUGGCUGAGAAGUCUUCUUUCUUUGUGCUUGGCAAAUCCCCACUGUUUCAAAUUUGCAUAGAUGUACAGGUAAUGUUAUCUCUUUGAACCAGAUAUGUACAUUGUAGUUGUGGUCAUUGUAAGCUGGAAAAAAGUGACAUUGUUGUCAAUAUGCUAUGUGGUAUGAUUUAAUGUUUUGAGUAUGAUGUUAAGAAUGUUAGUUUCUCUGUAACACACCGGUCAUGGUGGGCACAUUGAUCAAGAAUGCCUUGUUGGCAUGUUUGCUAAAGUGAGUCCCAAACCUGAAACUGUUGUGUACCUUGGAAUUAAAAGUCAAUUGCACUUUCAUUCAA